AUGUUUCUCUCAUCCCUCCGUUUUGUGCUCGUUACAGCCGCCUUGGCCAUCACCUCCACUCAGGCAUCGCCUCAUCUCGACUUUGGCGCUGGACCCUUCAAUGCUCUCCAGACUCGAGAUCUGGCUGGUUCAUCAUGCGUUGACUUCGUCUAUGGCGCCAAAGACACAAAGCUUGGUCAAGUGUGCGUCUCCAUCUCCGGUGGCACGCUGACCAUCACCUACCCGACCCUGCCGUCCGGCGGAUCGUACACCGACCUCCAUGCCAUCGUCCAGACUACUCCAAUCACAGAGAGCGUCCAAGGACACUGGCCAUAUAGCUUGGACAAGGGCACUUGCCAAAUCUCUGGAGGUGGUACAUCGGCCACUUGCACUAUUCCCGUCCUGGAUGAAGGAGAGUGUGCAAUCUCAAUCUCUAUAUCGACUGAAUGCAGAUGCCCCGUGGUCACCACCUACGAUCCAAUUACUACUUCGCUCGUGUACACGAAGACGAUUUAUGAAACACACACCACGACCUGCUCUACUACCCCGCCUCCAGUCACGGUUUCUGACGCCCCUUGUACUAAUCCAAAGCCUGACACUAUAACAAUUACUACAAAGACAUCGGUCGCUGGUUUUACCUGCACAAGUCCAGUCACCUAG